AUUGUAUAUUACGUAUUUUUGCAUUAAACAUUAACAAGUAUGAUAUAUUUUACAAAUUAACAAUUACCUUUAAAUAUAUGACUGUAUAACAUUUGUACAAUAGAUUAAUAUCACGUUUUUGUUAUUCAUACGAGUAGUAGUAGUUUAUUGUUCAUAGUAGAAAAGAAAUAUUUGUACAACAGUGUAGUACAGCACUAAAUUAAUUUAAUUAUUUAUAUAUGUCGUUAUGUUUAAUAUUCUCAAGAGAUCAGUAUAUAAAACAAUGCAAUUCUAAAAGAUUCUAAAGAUUACUUGUAAGGUUUUAUUAACUUUGUAUUGAGAGGAAUAUUUGAAAUAAAUUAUUAAACAUAUAAUUUUUUAUAAUAUACAUACAAAAAUUAAGGUAUAAGUUACAAAAUCCGUUUCUUUUAUCUUUUUUCGUUACAUUUAUUUUAUAUAUUAUAAGUUAAUGUCAUACGAUUUAAUAAGUAGUAUCUUACACUAUCGUAUGAGAUAUUUCAUUUCUUUUAUCUUCCACGAUAAAAGAAUAGUCUCGAUAAUUAUCAAUGUCAAUUGAAUAGAAAUUUCCGAAGGUCGUUCGUUUAUUGUUGUUCUUCUCUGUUUAAACGAAAAUUUGUCGCAGUCAUGUAAUUAUGUGGGUCGAAUAAAAAAAAAUUUAUUCGAUAAGUAAUAAUUAAUGAUAAUAAAAAUUAUUCUCGCAAGAUUAAAAAUCAUUUUUCUUUGUCAAGUCAUUGUAAUCAUAAUUCGCGCUAUCUUUUCGUCAGAUGGCGCAGUAGAUCAUCAUUAGAUUUAUUCCGUUCUUACAUCGAUUCAGUUCUCUUGUAGAUCAUUUUUAGUUAAGAAGAUUUUCCUAAAUAAAAUCGUUUCGCUCUUUGUGUACAAAUGACAGAUAAUUAAAAAAAGUGACAAUUUCUUAAAAUAAAACUAAAGGAUCACGUAAUCGAAGAUAAGAUAGUUUUUAAUUGGUGAGAUAACGGAUAUGUAAAAAAAGUUGCAUUUAUAUUUGUAACUUAUAUAGAAUGACAGACUCAAAAGUUUACGUUUGUCAAUUAUCUCAAAAGGAAAGGGAUUAUGCAGCGGCAAAUUUAAACGAGACAGAUGACAAUAGAUCGCAGAAGAUCGAAGAAAUACGCGAAUGGAUUUUAAAAAAUGACAAUCUGCACGCUUGUACUGACGACUUCUUCAUUCUACGUUUUUUAAGAGCUUGCAAAUUUAAUAUUGAAACAACGAAAUAUAAGUUUUGGAAUUAUCAUGAACAAAGAGGUAACAGUCCAGAAUGGUACGCAAAUAAAGAUCCAUUUCUGGUAGAAUUACAGGAUAUGUUUGAAUUAGGAGUAUUUUUGCCAAUGAGAAAAUUAGAUAAUGAAGGGAGAAUGGUGGUUUUAAUUCGAAUCGCCGCCCAUGAUCCUAAUAAACACAAGCAAGCGGAUAUGUUAAAGGCUUCUUUGAUGAUCUUGGAUCUCGCAAUAAGAGAAAACGAAUCCGCUUCGUUGCAUGGUAUAAUAGCUAUUUUGGAUUUAGCGGGUAUCUCUCUUGGUCAUGCGAUUCAAUUUUCACCAAGUGUUAUUAAAAAGUUGGUUCAUGCUUGGCAAGGUUGUUAUCCUUUAAGAAUACAAGCAUUAGAGUUUAUAAAUUCACCGACUUAUGUCAAUGUUGUCUUAAACGUAUUCAAAAAUUUUAUGGUCGACAAACUUAAACGAAGAGUACACGUGUAUACGCGCGGAAAGAAAACUUUUCUCGAUAUAGUUCAAUGUGAUAUAUUACCAAUCGAGUAUGGUGGUACCGACGGAUCUAUAAAUGAUUUAAAAGAUUACUGGAAAUGUCAAGUGGAAGAAAAUCGAGCGUGGUUCGCUAUGGAAGAAUGUUAUAAAGUUAAAAAUUAAAUAAAAUAUAAAUAUAUACAUAUGUAUAUUAAUGGUAAAGUUUAGGAAUUUUGCAUAUAAAUCUGGUAUUAUGAUCAUCUCGGAGACAUUGUAAAAGAUAAUAUAGUUUUAACAUAUUAAUAUUUAAGAUAUAACAUAAGAGGAUGCUGAAGGACAAUAGGUGGAGUCAAAAGUGUUUAAAUAAUUUUAAAAAUCAAUUACUUUUUUUUCGCGUUUUUAGGCUAGUAAUUAGGAUUGUAAUUUUAUAAUUAGAAGAAAUAAAAAUUAGUUUGAAAAUUUUAAUUAAUAUUUCAAAUCACUUAAAAAUUUUUGACUCAACCUGUUACUCUAAUAUUUUUAUUUUUAUACGAAUUAUUCAGAUUAUUUAUAGAAGAGAUGUACAAUAUAAAAUAUUAUAAUAUUAAUAAUAUAAUAUUAUAUAAUAUUAUAUACAUAUGAUCUUUAAUAAAGUUAUUCAUCAACUUA